CCAGACCGGAGGCGCGGGUGUUCGGUGCAGACCCGACAGGAGCAAGGCGUCGGGCGCGGGGCGGUCCCGGCGCCGGGGGCGGUCCCUGCAGGGCAGGCGGGGCCGACCGGUGCUCGGUGUGGCCGCGGCCAUGAAGCCGCAGCCGCCGGGCUAGGCCCGCGGCGGCUCUAGCCCAGGGCGGCCCUCAAAGGGCUGAGCCCGGCCCCCCCACCCCCCUCCCGGCUCCCGGCUGCAGGCUGCUUCCCGGGGCCGGCCUCCCGCCGGCCACUCAUCAUGCCAGGCAAGCACCAGCAUUUCCAGGAACCCGAGGUCGGCUGCUGCGGGAAAUACUUCCUGUUUGGCUUCAACAUUGUCUUCUGGGUGCUGGGUGCUUUGUUCCUGGCCAUUGGCCUGUGGGCCUGGGGCGAGAAGGGCGUUCUCUCAAACAUCUCAGCGCUGACCGAUUUGGGAGGUCUUGACCCCGUGUGGCUGUUCGUCGUGGUUGGGGGCGUCAUGUCAGUGCUGGGCUUUGCCGGUUGCAUCGGGGCUCUUCGGGAAAACACCUUCUUGCUCAAGUUUUUUUCCGUGUUUCUGGGCCUCAUCUUCUUCUUGGAGCUGGCCACAGGGAUUCUGGCCUUUGUCUUCAAGGACUGGAUUCGGGAUCAGCUGAACCUUUUCAUCAACAACAACCUCAAGGCCUACCGUGACGACAUUGACCUCCAGAACCUCAUCGACUUUGCUCAGGAAUACUGGUCUUGCUGUGGUGCCCGAGGGCCCAACGACUGGAACCUAAACAUCUACUUCAACUGCACUGACUUGAACCCCAGCCGGGAGCGCUGUGGGGUGCCCUUCUCCUGCUGCGUCAGGGACCCCGCGGAGGAUGUUCUCAACACCCAGUGUGGCUAUGACAUCCGGCUCAAACUGGAGCUGGAGCAGCAGGGCUCCAUCCACACCAAAGGCUGUGUGGGCCAGUUCGAGAAGUGGCUGCAGGACAACCUGGUCGUGGUGGCCGGUGUCUUCGUGGGCGUCGCGCUGCUCCAGAUCUUCGGCAUCUGCCUGGCCCAGAACCUCGUGAGCGACAUCAAGGCAGUGAAGGCCAGCUGGGCUAACUCGAGGCUGACUCCUGGCUCUGCACUCAGGGAUCACUCCUGGCGGUGCUCGGGGGACCCUAUGGGAUGCCGGGGAUCGGACCUGGGUCGGCCGUGUGCAAGGCAAGCGCCCUCCCCGCUGUGUUAUCACUCUGGCCCCAUGGAUCAAACAGGAAGACGGCUACAAGCUUCUCAAAUAAAACCAAAGCUGACUUUGGCAAACCGCCGGGGGACAGCCGCGCCUCUGAGCAUGGCCCGCGUGGCAGCGGCCACGGGACAGCAGCCGCGUGGCCACAGCCUAGCCCUGGCCGCCGCUGUGUCUCCAGGGACUCGUGCUUCCUGUCAGGAUUCUGGGGGCCCCCCCACCCAACUCUUCUUCCCGUCACCCAAGUGCCCUGCCUGACGCCGCCGAGGCUGGGGGUUGGCCUCCCCCGCACCCCUCCACUUCUGCAGGGGUAUUCCCCCCCCCCCGCCCCCCUCCAAAACCCAGCCUGGGAGCAGGGGUUCACCCCCCAUGGGGGGCUGACAGUGCCCGGGAAAGUGGCUGAGGGGUAGGAUCGAAGUCAGGAAGGGCUUGGGAAGCAGGGAGCGAGAGCUGUGCGGCGUGGCAUCCCCAGGGGGGGUGGGCUGCGCCCAGUUUGGGGGGCCUGGGGGCAGCUGGUUACCCCGGCUCAGGUCGUAAGCGGCAUCGUAUAGACUGCAGGGCUGCCUCGCGGCCGGCAGAGGGCGCGCCAGCACAGCAUUGGCUGCCUCGCUCCGCCUCUUCCCUGCUUCCCGCCGCUUGGGGGAUUCGGGGACCCCGGAGCAGCAGGUUGAACAAUAUCCUGGGGUCCCUGACACGUGCCGGCAGGGGACUGGUUUAUACUCGCUACAAUAAAGUGGAGCUCACGAUAAUGGUGCGUGC